AUGAAGCUCAACCUCGUCAUCAGCCUCGCCCUCGCGGGCUUGGCCGCCGCUCACACCGUCAUCUCGUACCCAGGCUGGCGCGGCAAUAACCUCAUCACCAACGAGACCUUUCCCUACGGCAUGCAAUGGAUGUAUCCUUGCGGCGGCAUGGGCGUCACAAAGAACCGCACCUACUGGCCCACCGGCGGCGGCACCAUCGCCUUCCAGCCCGGCUGGUUCCGCGGCCACCUCAACGCCUUUCUCCAGGUCAACCUGGGCUUCGGCUCCGACCCCAGCGUCAACAUCAACGGCGGCCCGCCCAACAUGAGCAACCCCAUGAUUCACCCCUUUCAGAUCCUCGGCCCGUCCAACAACCCCUACCCCGGCACCGUCUGCCUCACCCAGGUCCCGCUGCCCGUCGGCGCCAAUGUCAAGGCCGGCGACGAGGCCACCAUCCAGAUUGUCGAGACGGCUCAGCACGGCGCCGCCCUCUACUCGUGCGUCGACAUCAUCUUUGCGGAACCUGGCGAUCCCCGCAUCGCGCCCGUCAACGAAACAAACUGCUACAACUCGACCGAUAUUGGCUUCGCCGACAUUUACACCAUCACCAACAAGGAGUCGGGCUCCGACAACUACACCACCUCGGCCGCCGACCGCACCCUGCCCGCCGUCGGCUGGGUGGGCUGGAUGCCUCUCCUCUUUGCCGGCGCCGCUCUGCUGCUGCUGUAA